GACGCGCUGAACCAGAGGGCGCGGUUCGGUUCCCGUCUGAUCUGAAGGCUGCUUUUCACUCCAGUGUUUCCAGUCUCUCGAGCUCCGAUCAUCCAGGCGGUGGUGGAACACACACACACACACGCGGUGACUCACUGCUGUGGAUCAUCGAACACAAUCUGAGGUCACAACUUUGGACCGGAACAACUGAGCUCCGACAUGGACCCGAGACUGAGGAGGGGAGCCUCGCUCACAGCUGCAGCACAGAAGAGGGACUACACCCUGAAGCAGGAUGAGAUUAUAAUCCGGCCUCCAUCACUUGGUCGUCUGGAGAAGAUCUUUUGGAGACAUAACGGCGAGAAAGUUGCUACAUUUGACGGCAGCAAACAACAUUUCUACGGCUCCUAUGACGACAGAACCAUAGUGGACCGGUUGAGUGCAACACUCUGGAUCAGAGAAGUGCGGUUGGAGGACAGAGGGGAAUAUGAGCUGGAGGUUUGGGUCAAAGAUCAGAACCACCAGACUAAAAAAGAGUAUCAUCGUUGGGAGGUGACAGCUGAAGUGUCCAUCACCAGUGUUUCCUGUGAGAUGGAUGGUGACCACCAGGCAAAGCUGGUCUGCUCUGCUGAGUCCAGUCACCCUCAGCUACUGAACUAUGAGUGGAGCUUCAAUGGAACUAAACAUCGCGGCUCCAACCUGACGAUUGGUCUGGAGGAGGAACAUGACGAGACGGUGUUCACCUGUCGUGUCAGCAGCCCUCUGAGUGAAGACAAAGCUACUUUAGCAGCCAGGAAAUGUUACCCAGAAACUCCAGAGUCUGUGGUGCCGACUGUCGUCCCCAUCGUCGCCGUGUUGAUGGUGGCUGUGCUUCUGAUUGUGGGCCUGGUGGUCUGGAAGAGACGUAAAGGUUCACCUGAGGAAGAGAAUCAGGCCAGAGAAGAACAUCCUCUCAUGAAGUGGCCCCCUGACUCUGUGGAUCAGGGAAGUCGUGCUGCAGAGUGUGGAGGACGACUGAAGAGGAGGCUGAAGGAGCAGUUCCACAGUGUGUCUGAGGGGGUCGCUAGAGCAGGAAACUCUGCCCCUCUGAAUCAGAUCUACACAGCGCUCUACAUCACUGAGGGGGGCACAGAGCAGGUCAACCAGGAGCACGAGGUCCGACAGAUCGAAGCAGCAACCAGGCAGCAGACCAGAGCAGGAACUACCAUCAGCCCAGAAGACCUCUUUAAAGCCUCAGCUGACACAGAGCGACCAAUCAGGAGCCUGCUGACGAAGGGCGUGGCUGGCAUUGGGAAGACCCUCCUGACACAGAAGCUGACUCUGGACUGGGCUGAAGACAAAGCCCACCAGAACUUCCAGCUGGUGUUUCCUUUCACCUUCAGAGAGCUGAACAGGCUGAAAAAGAAGAAGAGAAGAAGAGAAGAGAAGUUGAGUUUAAUGGAACUUGUUCAUCACUUCUUUCCUGAAGCCAAAGACUCAGGACUCUGCAGCUUUGAAGGAGUCCAGGUUCUGUUCAUCUUGGACGGUCUGGACGAGUGUCGACUCCCUCUGGACUUCAACAGUCGGGUCCUGACAGCAGCUACAGAGUCCACCUCAGUAGACGUCCUGCUGACCAACCUCAUCAGGGGGAACCUGCUUCCCUCAGCUCAGCUCUGGAUCACCACACGACCUGCAGCAGCCAAUCAGAUCCCUCCUACGCGUGUGGACAGGGUGACAGAGGUCAGAGGGUUCACUGACCUCCAGAAGGAGGAGUACUUCAGGAAGAGGUUCAGAGAUGAGCAGCAGAGCACCAUCAUGUCUCACAUCAGGAGCUCACGAAGCCUCCACAUCAUGUGUCACAUCCCCAUCUUCUGCUGGAUCACUGCCACAGUUCUGGAGGACAUGUUGAAGAGCAGAGAGACCAGAGAGCUGCCCAAGACCCUGACUGAGAUGUACAUCCACUUCCUGGUGGUUCAGGCCAAAGUCAAGCAGCUCAAGUACCAUGGAGGAGCUGGGACAGACGAGGUUUGGACUCCUGAGAGCAGGAAGAUGAUGGAGUCUCUGGGAAAACUGGCUUUUGAGCAGCUGCAGAGAGGAAACUUGAUCUUCUAUGAAUCAGACCUCACAGAGUGUGGCAUCGACAUCACAGCUGCUGCAGUUUACUCAGGAGUCUUCACACAGAUCUUCAGAGAGGAGAGAGGACUGUACCAGCACAAGGUCUUCUGCUUCGUCCACCUGAGUCUUCAGGAGUUUCUGGCUGCUCUUCAUGUCCACCUGAAGUUCUUCAACUCUGGAGUCAAUCUGCUAGGUUCAUUGCUAACAUCAACACUAUCAAGAAUCUUCAGAAAGAACUUCCAUCCAGAACAGUUCUACCAGAGAGCAAUAAAUGAAGCUGUAGAAAGUCCAAAUGGACAUCUGGACUUGUUCCUGCGCUUCCUCCUGGGUCUUUCUCUGCAGACCAACCAGAGGCUCCUUCCAGGUUUGUUGACCCAGACAGGAAGUAGCUCCUGGACCCAUCAGGACACAGCAGAGUUCAUCAGGAAGAAGAUCAGUGAGAAAGUGUCUCCAGAGAGAAUCUUCAAUCUGUUCCACUGUCUGAGUGAACUGAAGGUCACUUCUCUGGUGGAGGAGGUGAAUCAGCUGCUGAGAUCAGGAGUUCUCUCCACAGCUCAGCUGUCUCCUGCUCAGUGGUCCACCCUGGCCUUCAUCUUACUGUCCUCAGAGGAAGAUCUGGACGUGUUUGACCUGGAGAAAUACUAUGCUUCAGAGAAGGUUCUUGAGAGGCUGCUGCCAGUGGUCCAAGCUGCAAAAGAAGCUCGACUGAUCUACUGUGGACUGUCAGAGAGAAGUGGUUCCCUUCUGUCCUCAGUCCUCAGCUCUCCGUCCUCUAGUCUGACACAACUGGACCUGAGUCAGAACUGGGACCUGAAGGAUGCAGGAGUGGAGCUGCUGUCUGCUGGACUGAAGAGUCCACACUGUCACCUGGAGACUCUCAGCCUGAGGAGGUGUGAACUGUCAGAGAGAAGUGGUUCCCUUCUGUCCUCAGUCCUCAGCUCUCCGUCCUCUAGUCUGACACAACUGGACCUGAGUGGCAACAUCAACCUGAAGGAUGCAGGAGUGGAGCUGCUGUCUGCUGGACUGAAGAGUCCACACUGUCACCUGGAGACUCUCAGCCUGAUCGACUGUGGACUGUCAGAGAGAAGUGGUUCCCUUCUGUCCUCAGUCCUCAGCUCUCCGUCCUCUAGUCUGACACAACUGGACCUGAGCUACAACUGGGACCUGAAGGACGCAGGAGUGGAGCUGCUGUCUGCUGGACUGAAGAGUCCACACUGUCACCUGGAGACUCUCAGGCUGAGAGGGUGCAGGAUCUCAGAGAGCGGCUGUGCUUCUCUGGCCUCAGCUCUGACCUCUAACCCCUCCCACCUGAGAGAGCUGGACCUGAGCUCCAACCAUCCAGGAGGAGCAGGACUGGAGCUGCUGUCUGCUGGACUGGAGAGUCCAGACUGGAGGCUGGAGACUCUCAGGCUGUAACCUUGUGGACCACUGUGGUUAAAGAUCUGACCUGAAGAAGUGUGAACUGACUCUGAGUCUCAGCAGCCGCUGCCGUCAUCAUGGAGAGUUUCCAGCUCUUCUGAGGCAGAGUCUCAGUGGAGAGCAGCACAGAGAAAGAGUCCUCAACAGCAGUCAGAGAAGAAGCCUCCACCCUCACAGAAGCUCUUCAUCUGUGGAGACGCUUCUGUCUUCAACGCCCCAAACAGCUCAGAUGUCCAGCUUUUGCUCUUGUUUUCCAUGACUCUUUCAUGCCACUUCCUCUCUGAAGCCUUCAGUCGUGUCCAUGACUUGAACCCUGAUAUGAGCCCUUUGAUGUGGACACUUGAGGAGCCUGUGUUUAGGACACGUGGACUUUGUUCAUCACAUGUCAUUGGCUGAAAUGAUCUUCCUCUGAAUGCAAACCAACAGAUGCUCAUGACUCAGUAGGAACAGGGCUGUUUGACUCACCAUGUGAUCUUCUUCUUCUCACCAAGGUAGUUCCAAACACAAGACCAUGUACCUGAACAAUGUCUUUUAGAAGUCACCAGUGACUCAGUGAGAAGCUACGGAGAAAUGGUGUGAUGAGGUCACCAGCUGAGACCUCCAACCACGGCCUCCUGAUCUGGUGUGGGAAGAUCAACCUGCCAUUUGAUGUCUGCAGGUCUUUCAACAAGCUCUGUCACGGCUCACUUUGCCUCGUUUUGGACUCAACUCUUCCACAGUGAAUAAACAGCAGUUGGAGCAACAUGGUCCUCUCUGACUGUGUCGUCUCGCUUCACUCUUGAUCAGCAGACGAGGCGUGUUCAGCAGCCACUUUGUUCCCAGCAGCUCCGCAUCCACAGCCAAUACCUGCCACCCGGUUCAUACAGCGCAUGCUCAUUCCCACAGUGUAGCAUUCUGGGUCAUGAAGUUCAACUCACUUCAUAACAUCACAUCUUCCCUCCUAUAAAAAGAUAUGACGACAUUCUAAACGUCCCAGUCUCCUCAGCUUAUUACAGACACAACUGAAACUGCCAUUGCGAAAUAUUUCAGUGAAACUUUUUAGCAUUGAAAUGACCUACAAGCUCUAAACAUCCACAGCAACACACACACCGACAUUCCUUUUUCUUUUUUUUUUUUUUUACAAUAUAAGCAAGUAUUUAACAACUUUCAUUCAACCUCGUGGGUGGCUGCAUAUGUCUCUGCAACUUUGAUUGAUUGACUGCAGCAUUUGAUGGUCCGGACUCUGUUGCAACAUCUGAAUCUGAGUGGACAGAAGUGUCUGAUUCUGCUGUGUCAUGUUGAACAGUCUCCUUAGCUGCAAAGUCUUCCUUCGUUGUGUGUAGUUGAAGGUCUGUGUGGUUUCUCCUCAGAGACGAUCCCUUCUCCAUCUGAAUCCUAUAGAAACGUGGAGCCACUUCCUCUUUCACUUGUCCCUCUUGUCUCCAAGUGCCAUCAGAGGUGCCGCUGCGAUGAAUCUCCAUUUUUCUUUCCUCUUUUGUUCCUCCUUCGUGACUCUGACCUUAUAUGCACUUCUGUGCGUUAGCAGCUCCUCCUUCAUUGGAAGAAUGGAGUGAAUCCGCCUCUGCAUCAGCAUCUGGGCUGGUGACAGUCCAUUUUCUAGUGGUGCACUUUUGUAGAUCAGCAAGUGUCUCUGAAAGUCAUCUCUGUCCAGUGCUUUCUUCAUCAUCCUUUUCACAGCGUUCACAGAGCUCUCUGCCAGUCCCUUGGAUUUUGGAUAGUUCUGGCUGUAAUAUGUUGGAAAGCCCAUUCACUGGCAGAGGCAGCUCACAUGGGUCUUGAGACAGCUGAUGACUGCGUUGCUCGUGGUUGAUUGCAGUCCUCCAACUUCAGAAAUAAUCUGUUGUAAUCUGAUGUAGUUCUUCCCUGUGUAAUGAAACAGAUCAGCUCCCACCUUACACUUACGGUCUGUGGGCCACAGGGCGACUCACGAGUGGCUCCGCCUGCUGUUUUUGCCUGUGGAUUAGACAAGGUUGACAUGCUGCGGCUGCUGUUUGGCUGUUUUCUUGAUGUAUUCUCGGCCAGUACAUCACUUCUCUUGCCCUGCGUUUACGCUUGACUUCACCAAUGUGGCCUUCGUGGAUCUUUGGAAGCCUUUGUUCACGUCGUGAGCAUGGAAUAACGAAUUGACUCCCUCUCAUCACGAUGCCAUCCGCCACUGAAAGCUCUGCUCUACAUUUCCAAAAGUCCUGUAUUUUCACUGGGCAGUCUCUCUUGUUUUCAGGCCACCCUGUCUGUAUCGUAUGUUGGAGCUCUGUCAUGGUUGCAUCUGCAUUGGUUUCUCUCCGUAUUUGUUCUGACCUGUCUGCACUUACAGGCAAUGAUGCCUGUCCACGUAUGUCUGUAUCUGACUGUCAGCAUUGUCUCCCUUAUCCACAGCCCUGGACAAGGUGUCAGCAGUGAACAUGUACUUUCCUUGUGUAUAUGCCAUGUGCACAUCAUAGUUCUGCAGCUUGAUUAACAUACGUGCAUAAACAGGACAGUCAUUUCAAGGUUUCACCAUGAUGGACAGCAAAGGUUAAUGGUCUGUUUCUAUUUCAAACGUUUGGUCAUAGACAAAAACAAUCACAGUCAUAUACGCUUACAAGAAGCUCUUUUUCAAUCUGUGCAGAAUCGGAAAACUUUAUUAAUCCCAAGGAAAAUUAUGUUCAUAACAUGCUCUGUACACAACAUAUCACAAUAAAAUGAAAAAGAAAUACCAUCAUAAAGUGCAAAAAGCCAUACAAAAGAGCUUAGAAACAAUGUGCAAGAAAAAGCAGAUUCGAGGACAGAGUGAACAGAAAAACGUGCUUCACUGUAGUCUUUUCAGGGAUGAAUUGUACAGUUUUAUUGCCACAGGGAGAAAGGAGCUCCUGUGGUGCUCAGUCUUUGAGAUGGGUCGUCUCAGUCUAUUGGACCACGUGCUUCUGGAUGGAGGGGUGGGUGAUGUUGUCCAGGAUGCUCCUUCGUUUCAGGAGCAUGCUUCUCUCCAUAACCGUCUCCAAGGAGUCCAGUUGGACGUAAAACUCCACAUAGCUGGUUGGCGCAGGCUUUGAGCACCACUGGCCUGACACCAUCCAGGCCCACUGCCUUGCCUGAGUGGAGGCUCUCAGCUGAUUCCUGUGAGGUGGGUGAAGGUGUGAGCUGGGGUCCAGUUCUUUCGCAGGACAAUGGGAGAGGAUCCGGGGGGAGGGGAG